AUGUUGUGCACUCUACGCCAGCGGCCGACGGCCUUGGCCAGCGCGGCCAAGAGCAUCUUGACAUCGUCAAGGAGUCACGGCCGCUUGCUAUCCGCCGCCACGCCAGCCCUCCAGGCAGAAAACAAGCUCAACAGAGUGUCGGCGGCAAUCACGCAGCCCAAGUCGCAGGGCGCCUCGCAAGCCAUGCUCUACGCCACCGGUCUUUCCGAGGAGGACAUGGACAAGGCGCAGGUGGGCAUCUCGUCCGUCUGGUACGAGGGCAACCCCUGCAACAUGCACCUCAUGGACCUGUCGCGCGUGGUGCGCGAGUCGGUCGCCAAGGCCGGCCUCAUCCCGUACAGGUUCAACACCAUCGGCGUCAGCGACGGCAUCUCCAUGGGCACCACCGGCAUGAGGUACUCGCUGCAGAGCCGCGAGAUCAUCGCCGACAGCAUCGAGACCGUCAUGAACGGCCAGUGGUACGACGCCAACGUCAGCCUGCCCGGCUGCGACAAGAACAUGCCCGGCGUGGCCAUGGCCUUUGGCCGCGUCAACCGGCCCAGCAUCAUGGUCUACGGCGGCACCAUCAAGCCCGGCUGCGGCCGGUCGGGCGACCCGCUGGACAUUGUGUCCGCCUUCCAGGCCUACGGCCAGUACAUUGCCGGCGACAUCACCGAGGAGCAGAGGCUCGACAUCAUCCGCAACGCCUGCCCGGGCAGCGGCGCCUGCGGGGGCAUGUACACGGCCAACACCAUGGCCACGGCCCUCGAGACCAUCGGCCUCACCCUCCCGGGGAGCAGCAGCAACCCGGCCGAGGACGCCGCCAAGGUGGCCGAGUGCGAGGCCGUCGGCCCGGCCAUCAGGAACCUGCUCAGGGAGGACAUCCGGCCCCGCGACAUCAUGACCCGCCAGGCCUUUGAAAACGCCAUGACCGUCGUCUCCGUCCUCGGCGGCAGCACCAACGCCGUCCUCCACCUCAUCGCCAUCGCCGACUCUGUCGGCAUCGAGCUGACCAUUGACGACUUCCAGAGCGUCUCGGACCGCGUGCCGCUCCUGGCGGACCUGCGGCCCUCUGGCCGGUACGUCAUGGAGGACCUUCACAAGAUUGGCGGCACGCCCGGCCUGCUCAAGUUUCUGCUCAGCGAGGGCCUCCUCGACGGCUCGGGCAUCACCGUCACCGGCAAGACCAUGAAGCAAAACAUGCAGCACGUGCCGGACCUUCCCUCGGACCAGCAAAUCAUCCGGCCGCUCAGCAACCCCAUCAAGGCCACCGGCCACAUCCAGAUCCUGCGCGGCUCCCUGGCCCCCGGCGGCUGCGUCGGCAAGAUCACCGGCAAGGAGGGCCUCCAGUUCACCGGCAAGGCCAAGGUGUACGACUCGGAAGGCGACAUGAUUGCCGGCCUGGAAAGGGGCGAGAUCCGGAAGGGCGACAAGACGGUCGUCAUUAUCCGCUACGACGGCCCCAAGGGCGGGCCGGGCAUGCCCGAGAUGCUGAAGCCUUCCUCGGCCAUCAUGGGCGCCGGCCUCGGCAAGGACGUGGCCCUCCUGACCGACGGCCGCUACUCUGGCGGCUCGCACGGCUUCAUCAUCGGCCACAUCUGCCCGGAGGCGGUUGUCGGCGGGCCCAUUGCCCUCGUCAAGGACGGCGACCAGAUCAUCAUUGAUGCCGAGAGGCAGGUCAUCGACCUGGAUGUGCCCGAGGCGGAGAUGCAGGCCCGCCGGAGGGAGUGGAAGGCCCCUGCUCCCCGGUACACCAAGGGCACGUUGAAGAAGUACGCGGCUUUGGUGAGCGACGCAAGCUCGGGAUGUGUCACGGACGGAUCCAACCACUAG